AGUUAAUUUAAUAUAGAAGGUUUCAUGCAUUCGGUCAGGAAACCUAAGCGCAUUUAGCACAUCUUGGAGAAUAAAUGAUUGGCGUGACGAGACACCGGUCAAGGAAUAAGCCUAGCGGAAUCAGCCGAUAGCAUGUCUUAACGGUCUAAACAGCCCCUAGAUUCAGCCACAAGACCUACCUCCUAGGUACCAUCUAUUAGGUAGUGAGAUUGCCGUCAUCCCUACUAUUACUUAGGUACUUCCCUAUUUCCUGCCGCACCAGUUUCCGACACCAUAAACCUAAACUAAACAUCAACGUUCGCAUCCACCAAUACGAUACGCUCAUUGACCUUCGAAUUACCGGCGUCGCUUUCGAAUAUCGCGUUUUGUGUUGUUUGUCGCAAAAUAGAAGCGGACCAUGGCCGUAGGAUUGUCUAACAGUCGCCAUGCCGCUGAUGAAGAAGCUCGUGCCGAAGUCGAUGUGCUUAACUCGCGACUAGAGAAGACAACCCAAUUAACCAAAAAGAUCCAGGCAUGUCUAGGGAGAUUGGAGGCUACCGGCAAGAGUGUGCGAGAUGUGUCAGGUCCCCUCACUGGCGAAACAAAAAAGCUUCAGGUCUUGGGGAAUAACAUCGAUGCCGUCAUCGCAGCUAUAGAGAGACUUCGCCAGCCCGCCGAUUCAAAGAAUGAUGAAGAAGCGAUUAUCCGCCAGGGACCCGAGAAGGCUGGCCUAUCCAACUACCUGAACUCCAUUAAACGGUUGAACAAGGCAUUGUCAGACAUGAAGACCUCAAAUCUGCGCGCAAACCAGCAAACCAUGACUGAUCUCCAACGUUUAAUCAAAUCUGGAAAUACCCAACUCGAGAACUCGUUUGACAAGAUGUUGCGGGCAGAGACACCCCGCUCCAUUGAACCACUGCAAUAUACGACCAAAAAUACACCGUUCCCCCUAUUAGCUCAGGAUAAGAUCUCGCGCCUGAGCUUAAUGAACUCUUAUGUAUCUGGCAACUCAUCGUCGGAGAACCCGCUAAUCAAAAUCUAUGCGGAAGUAAGAGGACAAUAUCUACAACAGACCUUAGUGAACCUGGCAUAUGCAAGCGUGAAUACGGCAAAGAAAAAGAGUCCAGACGCCAUUUACCGAGCUGGUACUAAUGGAAUUGGUAUGUACGCGCAGGCAAUGGAAGGUUUAUUCGUUGCCGAAUACGACAAUAUCUGCAACAUAUUUAUGCGACAAGACUGGGGACCAGCUUUUCAAAUGACAUGUCAAGCCCCGCUGGCUGAGUUGGCUCGAACGAUUCGAGAACUCAACAAUCACAUCAAGGCCCAUCUCAACACCGACUGUUAUCUUGCAUAUGAAGUCAUUGAGAUAAUGUCAAAUCUGUCCAACAAUAUCGAAGAGCGCACAGGCGAACUUAGAUCUACACUGGCCGCCGCAUUGAAACCAGUACGCGAGACGGGCAAGUCUUCACUUGCCGAGCUGCUUGAGGAGACGAAGCGGAGAGUGGGGGCAAUGCAAACCCUCCCCUCGGAUGGUUCGCCGGUGCCUGUCGUAUCAGAGACGAUGCAACGCUUGCAAACCAUGGUUGACUUCCUUCGGCCAAUAUCUAGCAUUAUGAUCUCGCUAGGAGACGGUGGUUGGAGAUCGGCUGCCGCCGCGAACACUAGUAUGGACGUAAUUCCUAGCCUGGCAUCGUUCGAUGUUGGCGCCGACGGGAAGGAGAUUUUUGCGCACUAUUGUACUGAUACGAUAGAUGCGCUAAUGUCGGCGCUCGAGCAGAAAGCGAGGGUAUUGCUAAAAGGAAAGUCCAUUUGGGGUGUGCUUUUAGCGAACAGUGUCACUAUCAUUGAACGCAUGAUUCGGGACUCUGACCUCAAACCACUCUUAGAAGGCAAGCUCGGCGCCUUAGAGGGCUGGCGCAAGAAAGGGAAGGCCUACUACGCCGAGGCGUGCAAAGACGUAUCGAUGCACCUAUUUGACGUAAUCCACACGAAUCGGACCCAACGGCCGCCUUCUGGCUCGUCUGAAUCAGCAUCGAUUCUUAAGGGGCUUAGCAGCAAAGACAAGGACAGUAUCAAGGCAAAGUUUCAGAUUUUCAACGCAUCUUUUGAUGAACUAGUAGCUCGGCACAAGACCUACAGUAUGGAACGGGAAGUAAGACAAAUGUUGGCCAAGGACAUGCAGCAGAUGCUUGAGCCUCUCUACAAUCGCUUCUGGGACCGGUACCACGAGAUAGACAAGGGCAAGGGCAAGUACGUCAAGUAUGAUAAAUCGUCGAUCGCCGCUGUCUUCCUGAGCCUCUAUUGAUAAAGAAUGCCGAGCCAUCUGCCGACCAGCUUAAAGCCAGCCGAGCCGUUUGAGCGUCGCGAAAUAUGCCAAACAGGCCUUACACCAGGUUGGUAUGUGGCGAUCGUCAUAUGAUUUGUUCGCGAUGCUACAGCA